AUGGGCGAGCAUAAUCUCCUGAAUCCUGGGUUUGUGGGGCCGCUGGUGAACAUCCACACGGGAGACACCUUUUACUUCCCCAACUUCCGCGCGUCAGGGGCGCAACGAGCGCCCUGGUACCCGAUCCACAGCCGCUCGAGAAAGAAGCGUAAGCCCUAUUCGAAGUUGCAGCUGGCGGAGCUGGAGGGAGAAUUUCUGGUCAACGAGUUCAUCACACGCCAGCGUCGGAGGGAACUCUCGGACCGCUUGAAUCUUAGUGACCAGCAGGUCAAGAUUUGGUUCCAGAAUCGGAGAAUGAAAAAGAAAAGACUUCUGCUGAGGGAGCAAGCUCUCUCCUUCUUCUAG